UCACUUCUUUGGUGGAAACUUAAGAGUUAAGUUUAGCUCCAGUGCUGAUCGAUCGAUUGUCUGAAGUUUGAAAAUUUACGAAAUCCCAUUUCAAGUGCAUAAAGGAGUGUUUCUGUCUCAAGGAUACUUUUUUUUCGAAAACAACAAAAUGAAAUUCAGUCUUGCUUUGAUCGCCGUUGUGGCCCUUGUUGCCGGUGCCAGUACAUUGCCAGCCAAGAAAAGAAUGGUUUACUAUCAACAGCCAGCUGCCUACUAUACCGCUCCACAACGUAUGAUGUACGUACAAUAUGUCCAGCCCGCCCGUCCCUUUGCCCGCUCUACCCAGGCUGCCGAAGCUUUGGUCGCUGGUGAGACCGUUGCCACUGGCACCUAUCUGAAAGAUUGUAAUCACGCAGAAGCUGAUGUUGCCGCUGCUGGUCCAGCUGUUGAUGUAUCCGCUGAACGUGGUGAAGAUGUUUUGAGCGAAGCCGAAGCCUACCCCGCCUCCGGUGAAGCUGUGCCCGUUGUACCCGUUGCCGCCGUACCCGCUGAAGUUGAUAUUGUGGCUGAGGAGAAUGAGGUGGCUGCCGCCGAUGAAGCUGCCAAGGUUCCACGUGACUACAACUUUGAGGCUGCUGAAGAAUCUGCCGCCGCUGCUGCCGCUGGUUCCGCCGAAGAAGCCACCUAUGAAGCUGAACAAGGCGCAGGUGCUGAGGCACCCGCUGUUGAAGCUGAAGCCCCAGUAGCCGCUGAAUUGCCCGCUCCUGCCCCAAUUGCUCCCGUUGCCAAGCCCGCCAGACGUUAUUUGCCAUCCAAGAAGAAGGUCUACGUUGAAUUGGAACAAUCUGUCGAAGAUGAAGCCGAUGCCGAUGAAGAAGUAGAAUAUGAAGUUCCCGUAGCCCCUGCCCGUCGUCCAGCUGCCAAGAAGCCCGCCAAGGCCCCCACUGCUGGCACCAAGGCUGAAAAACCUCUUCCCGCCGGUACCUUCUUCCCCAUUAACUUCGGUGGUACCAGCGGUGGCGCCAUUGCCAUUGCCAACUCCUUCAGCACUGGAGAGGGUGGUUCCGCCACCAGCCAUGCCAUUGCCUAUGGCUCUCCUGAUUCCGUGCGUGCCCGUGUUCGUCCAGGCAAAUUCCAUUAAAAUCUUGACUGAUGCAUUGGCAUUUCACACACACCCACCCACACCAACACCACCCACACUAAUACAUUUUAAUGCAUAUUUUUGUAAGCCAUAAUGCUCUGCCUUUCACAAGAAUUUAACCGACUUUUUUUUAAUUAUUUUUUAAACUAAUUUUUAAAUUUUCCGUUAAACGAUUUAGUUCAAUUGUAAUAUCUAAACGAAAACAAAACAAAAAACGACCAAAAAAAAAUAAAAAAAAUUGUAUCCUUUAAAAAA